AUGGUCAAAAAAUCAUUCGAUAGUACCACAGAAUAUCCAAGACCAUCUGUAUCUAUUAAACAAAAUUCUUCUGAAUUGACGAAACGUCAAAAAAGGUAUAGUCAACGAUUGAGGCAUUUCCAAUGUCUAAAUCUUUUCAAACUUUCUCUUGCCGCUCUUCCAACGAUUGUCUUCGGUGUAUUCACCAUUGUUUUUACCCUUCAACAGAACGCUUCAGCCAAAGCAACACGUGAACAAGAUCAACGACAAGCCGAUGAAAUUAAUCGUCAAACUAUCUUUAAAGAAUAUAUUGAUGAUAUGAAGGAAAUCCUUCUUGAUGAAGACUAUGAACAGAAUAUCAAUAAGUCAUUAUUACAAAUGCGAAUACAAACAUUAACCGUCUUGAAACAUCUCGAUGCACAUCGUAAACAUGAUGUGAUCCUAUUUCUCUAUGAAAAUCAUUUACUUCGACAUGAUCAAGCAGCAAACGUUGAUUUACGUGGAGCCGAUCUGAUGGGAAUGCAGUUCGUCAAGUCGUCAACCGAAGCUUGUGAUUUUUCCUAUCUUUAUCUCCCAGGUGUUUAUGCUGAGAAGAUCACGUUCGAUGGUUGUCUGAUGCAAAGCGUCGUGUUUGAUGAUGCUUCAAUGGCUGGGGCUACAUUUCGUUCGUGUAGCCUCUAUAAUGCUAGUUUUCGUAAUGUGAAUCUGACCAAAGCAGUAUUGCAUGGCAAUCAUUUGUAUGGCGCAAAGUUCACUAGUGCAUCUCUCGUACAAUCCUUCUUCAAAGGUGGAGUUUUUCAAGCAGUAAAUCUGACGAAUACUGAUCUCUAUCAGAGUGAUAUCACUGAUCAACACUUAGAUCCAUCAAAAAUCAGUGGACUGGCAGACAAUAUUCUCGUUAAUGCUCGUUAUCCCAAUGGAUCAUUCACUGAUAUUAACACAGAUAACUUACUGGCUAAUAGUGAAGUACAAGUUUAUCGAGUUGAAGAAACAUCCUUUUUUCUCAUUGUGUUGUUCUAG